UUUUAGGUACUCUGAAAACUACAUCCCUGGAAGACAUUUCCUGCUGGCCUAGAAAGCAUGUUGGGCAAUAUCUGAAUCUCCAAGAAAGGAAUACAUUGUGACUGCCUCUACAAGACUCUUUCUGAACACACACAGACUGAAGAGAAACUGUCCCUGAGUGGGUGGAAGAAUAAGAAACCAAAUGAGAAGUUGGGUAUAGGAACAAGGCUAAACAUGUCCUCGUUUGACUUUUAAGAGUCUCACAAGGAAAGAAAGAUUUUCAGCUUCACCCUUCACCUGUCUUAGAAAUAACAACAUAUCAUAAUCAGAGAUUUCACCUGGGCCACAGGCCACGGGCCACCAUGGAUGUGAACCUUGAUGCCCUUGGGGGUCAAAAGAAAACAAGCGACAGCAGCAAGGGAAGCGACAGCCCAGGAGCCCAGCAAGAUGCUGUGACGAGGACAGAUUCGUCGGAGAUGACUGAUGUGGAAUCUGUGAUCAGCAGCUUUGCAGCUUCAGCAAGGGCAGGCCGCCGCAAUGCCUUACCUGACAUCCAGAGUCCAGCAGCCACAGGUGGAUCCUCUGAUCUUCCACUGAAGCUGGAGGCAUUGUCCAUGAAGGAAGAUGUUAAAAAGAAGAAUGAAGAGAAAGCACAAGACCAACUGAAAAAGCCCCUAAAUGAAGAAAAAUGAACACUUAGAAUUUA